AUGAGGGACACUGCUUUCAAGGCCCGGGGGUCAUCCUCACUUCCGUCACGUCUCAAGUUCAGGCGACCUACUCAACCUCUGGCCUUUUUCAGAUACAUGCCGAAAGGGCAUCCAGCGUUAGAAUUUGCCAAAGUCAAGCUUAGGCGAUGUCCAUGCAAGGACGUUGCUAAGUUGUCCGUGAUUCCCACUUUCAAUGUCUGCUGUAGACGAUGGGUUUGGCUCAUUGCUGCUGACGCCAACUGGGCGGGUCCGAAAAUGCCGCCCAGUCUGCAUGGGAAAACAUUUUGA